CCAAGACCCGCUAAUUACACAUUGAUAAAAAGUCCGUCCGUCUCCCGUCAGCUAGAGCCUGGCCGGCGACCUUCGCGUGACGCACCACGCGCAUCGCACGCAAGCACAUAGCCUACUGUACUCCGUACCUCUCUCGCCUUUAGCAAUCAAUGCCCACAUCAGCCUGAUCGGCUCGGCCUCAAGUGCCGCGACACGAAACAUGAACGCGGAAGCCAACUCAACCACCCAACACUCGGUGCAGCAUGCAGCACGUACGCCCGGCUCUAAGCUUAUGCUGCGCUGCUUCAUCCUCACUUUCUUCUUCGUCUUCUUUGCUGCUCUCCCCCACACGCCCCGAACGAACGAUGUCAAUUCGCUCGCCAGUGGCAGCAUCCGAGCGACAGCGUGGCGUUUCUGCCCGACUUCAGACUGGCUCUCCAGCGAGAGAAAUGAUCGCUCGAACUCGUCACAGACCGCCCCGUCCCCUGGCGACUAACUGCUCGCCGAAAGAGUCACCCACAGACUUGUUUGUGCCGAAUGCUGACAGCCAAGAACACAGAUCGAGUUUCCAUCGAUGGGCCUCUAUCCCUUGUCUUUUCACUAUCCAGUCUGCUUUCAAAGUGACCGACGCCUGCAUUACACUAUAUGGUUUUCCAGAAACCUCGCAGAUAUGUCAUCCCUGUCGUCGAGGCACAACUGGUGAACUUGCGGCUGAUUCUCGGAUCUCGACCGCUGAACGGGAGGGAUAUCCGUACGGGAGUUUUGCCAAACUGCUCGGUCGGAGCCGACUCGGUCAGCCGAAAGAGGCAACAUGCGGGGGCGAUCUACGUCGACGACCCCUCCACCCAAAACGUUGUCGUAAAUCGGCCAAAAAAAGUCUAACCUCGUGAUCUGGAAGCGACCAUUUCCGUCUCGUCCAAACACUCGAUAUGCUAUGCCAUGGUUCCCUCCCAUGGGCAUACCAUCUCUUUGGCUCCCACAUUGACCACACAGACUUUACAGUCUAAGCGUGGAUUGUCGAUCGUUGGAUGAUGCGUUCUUGUUGGUCUGAUGUAGGCCAACGUCGAUUGACUCUCAAGUGGAGCAUCUGGGUGGGCGAAACACUCAUAAGCCUAUUUCUAUUGCGACGAGCGCACUCUCGGGCCGUUCGAGAAACCGC